CCAACUCCCUGACCAAAAUGGCUGACCUUUAGCUAUAAGAAGGUUCACGUCCAUUCUGGACUUCUAAUUCCUAAUUCUAUGGUUGUAGCAACCUCUGGUUCUAGUUGUACCAUCGGACAGAAUUUAAGGUUGAACAUAAACACUGGACGUAUAUUUGUCUUCAAAAUAGUUGAAUCGCGAUGAACACCGGUAAAUCGAUACGUGCUACUGUUUUAGACCUCGCUUAUUAACCAAGCUGUACAUCGACAUUUUCAAGAACAUUGCCAUGGUACCCACAGACUUUCAAGCAUUGGUCCAUCGAUUUUAUGCCGUUCAAGCUGAAAGGGUAGAAGCUUACAGGCUUUUCGACGAAGGCCAUGAAGCAUACUUGAGGACAGGGCCCCACUAUGACUUUGACCACUACAGACAGCUGGUGCACGAGAUAACGCAGGCUUUCUGCGGUCUCUCGAAGGAGGUGUUGGAGAUCAAGGAGCGGCUGCACCAAGACUUCGACCGUCCAGAUCUCUCUGAACACAUUGACAAGCUGCAGAGUAAAGAGAAGCAGAAGCUUGAGCUGACGGCCAAGCUGCAGCUGGCAAAGCAGAACGCUCAGGAUCACCCAGAAGAUGAGGGCUGUCAGGAGAAGAUCCAGGAGAUCAAGCAGGACAUCAUAAAAAAUAUAGAGGCCCUGAGUGAGAUCCUGCAGGACUUUAAAUACGACUCGGAGGAGUCUGCGUGAUGGGGACUCCCUGGAGGCUGCUGCCCAGACAGGGAUUGAUGGACUCCUCUGCUGCAACUUUCCUCUUUGUAUUCAUUUGCCUAAGUUAUUGAUCCCUCCCUUGCGCCACCUGACUGCUGCAGUUUCUUGCGGCCCAGGGUCAUUCCGUACCCUGCGUGUCUCUGUGUGUGUGGCCUUAGCAAAAAAGCAAUAUUUGCUCUUGUCCUGUCUUGUAAAUAUUUUGAAGGAAACAAAUAUUGCCUUAAAUAUACUUCAAUAAUCUAACAAUUGCUCUGAAUUUUAAUAAAAAACAUUCCAAGGCAAA